UCCCGGCUCUGAUCCUGGCGCUCAGCUCGCGUAAUAAAGCGGUCCAAUACAUCCGUCACUUCGAACUGGUUCCGGCGGGGAAGAAAGGGCCAAGCCAACUCAACGAGAUGGUUCUGCUCAUCGCAGACCGUCUGAACAACAACACGCUGCUCACGUUCACGUAAGUCGCGUUUGGUCUUGAUCGCUGGCAGAUGAUGAGACUAACCCUCACAGAUCGGACGGUGCAAGUCUCUGGGGAGCAACCCUUCACGCGAUCCAUCGACACCAGUCUCGCCUACUUACCGCCAGACACUCCAUUUCCCAGUUGCCCACGGAAAAGAUGCAGUGCAUCAAGUCGUUUCAGAUCUGUCGUGUUCCAGCCAGCCUUCAGGGCGUAUGGACGGCGUUGUCAAAGCUCCCAUUGCUGGACACCCUCGAACUAGUCGCGCCCCUGUGCGACAGCCGUGCUGCGGACUCCGAGCCCCAACGAUCGAAUCUACGGAUGCAGGAGCUGUUUCUCUGGGGCGACGGCGAACUCAAACUCCAACAAUUGCACCUUCGAUCUCUGGUGUGUCAUGGCAUGGACUUGAGCUUGGCUGGUGCUGUUCUCCGUCGUGCUGUGCAUAUCGGAAAGCUCGAAGCGCUCACGCUCCAAAAGUGCUACGCACCUCUGGCCUUGCUGACGCAUGCCAUCUUGGACUCAGAUGAUGAUAACAUACAGCUGCGUCAUCUCGUCAUUACUGCACGCGACAAGGCCUCGUCCGGAAUCUUCAAUGAGGACAUCAGCGAGAUCGUGUAUGUCAUCGGAGAACUAGAGACGUUGGUGCUGCACGUUCCGGACUUGCCAGCAUUCGAGUUUCGUAGCCCCGUACUGCACGAGCACGCUCCCUUUCUGCGCACUUUGUACUUCAAUCGCACGGUAGACUUCAAAUGGGACACCACAGGCAUGGACAACGAGACGAGACACACGCUCUUUGCCUGGGCCGACAAGCUGGAGCAGUUGACGGUCUGCGCGAACCAGUUUCGAGUAGGUGAGAUGGAUCCAUACCACGACCCUAGCCUCCGCGACUUGUGUGAUGACUUGGCCGAUUCGCAAUCGCUCAAAGUCGUGCAUCUCCUCGUCGACCCAAUGUUCCAUGUCCCCUACAGCGGCGAAUGGGCGCGCAGAAUCGCAGAGAAAGUCUUCGACAGCGUGCCGACUCUCAAGAUUGUUUGCGUCGGCAACUUCUCCAAAGGUGCGGCGGAUGACUGCAGGUUGCUCUUCGCCAGAGGCGAGACGAUCCUCGUCGGCACCGAGGAGAAGAAUCCUGGGGUGCUGAGGGUGAACAGCUCGCAAGCGCGAGAGAUCGAGCCGCUGGCGGAUCUGUGCGAAAUGGAUCCGCUGGGGCAGAGGAUCCUGCGCUUCGGGUUCACUCGUCGCGGUUGAUGCGAGCAAGAGGGAAGGGGGGGUGAUGUGGGGGGUUUCUUGGGGGGUCGAAGAAGAGUGGUGAGAGUGUUCAGAUGGGCAUGGAAGUUUGUAAAGUAGUGUAUUCAAUGAGAAUGGGGAGACUCGGCCGCGUUCAUCGUCUCUGCGCUUUCGUGAGCUCUCAUGCUGUUCGCUUGUGUGUCGAAUCCUUUCCACUGCCGUGGAUUCGUAAAGAGAGGGAUUUGUUAGGCAAGGAGUGAGAUUUCUAACGGGAUCUCCAUUUCCUCU